CAUGUAGCCCUUUAAAUUUAAGUGUCGAUAAAUAAGAAUGGUUUCAACUGCAUACAAUUACAUUUUUUACAAUUACACUCAUGCAAUUGAACCAGGCAAUAUUUCCUACUGAAAAUGUGUACAUGUAUGUUUGUUUGAAUGUCCUGGCAUGUUUUCAAGUUCUAAUAGAGAAAGGUUCCCACUAAUGCGUUCAGUUGAGCAAAAGGCAUUUGUCCAAAUUUGGGCGAAAUUGUAAGGAAUUAAGGCUCAUUAUUGCAACACAUAUUUGCUCAUUAUACAAUGUCGUUAAAAAUUGCUUCACUUUUCUUUGGUACUGAAAUAACAAAGAUUGGGCAACUUCAUCCCCUUAAAACAAAGAGUGAGAAAGCCUAAAGAGUCCUUGGGUAACUAUGCAUUGUUUGUUUAAUUGGGCAUGUGAUGUACUUAUUGUUGAGAUUUUUCUUAAAGUGGCCAUGGGUUUGUAAUCCUCAAGCCCCUCCCUAGUCUGCCUUCAGUGGGAUAAAACUGGCAGGUUCCAGGCCUCCUAGAAGCCCACCACAUCUCCUCCUCGGGAUGUAUCCUCUAGAGUUGCUCAGCUUGUUUUUUAUAUCUGUGAUCACAGACUAUGAAGAAAAAAAGAAGAAGCAAGUGAUUCAAUAUGACAUCUCCAUGUUUAAAAGAGGAGAUUUGCUUGAGGUCCCUCGAACCCUCUUCACACAUUUUGGAAUCUAUCUGGGGAACAACCGUGUGGCUCACUUCAUCCCUGAUAUCUUGCCGGUCUUUACCAUGGACAAGAAGGCCCUUGAGAAAAUGGUGACUAACAACCGUCUGAUUUUGGGUGUGAUAACAAAACAAGCAACUGUCCGAGUGGACUCAGUGGAGGACUUUGCAUAUGGAGCAGAGAUUCUUGUCAACCACAUGGACAAGGUGUGCAGUCGGCCAUCAUUCGAUGGUGAGGAAGUAGCUAGGCGAGCUGAGAAGCUCUUGGGCUAUGCGAAUUACAGUCUGCUGUGGUACAACUGUGAACAUUAUGUGAUGUACUGCAGAUAUGGCACCAAUAUGAGCUUUCAGACCUACCAGUUCUGCAAAGCAGUGCGCAAGAUUGUAUGCAGCAAGACCAGUUCUCUCCUAAGCCUACUAUUGUGCUUGUUUGUGAUGUUUUAUCUGGAAGCUCUGUCCAUCUUUGGAAUUUUGCCAACAGUAAUCAUCCCCUUCACUAUUUGGAUGGCAUCCUGAAUCUCUACAACAAGCCACAUCAACACCUCUUUGUUGAAAUGUCUGUGGACUAAUGGAUAUCACCAGCCACUGUACAUUAUUUAGUUCAAGGUGCUUCUCCAUUCUCCAUCAUCCUGGAGCACAUUUAUAACAUACACAGAUUUUAGGCAAUGGGCAAUUAAGUAUUUCUGAUUAAACCCAUGUAAGGAUGUGAUCUUCUUGUUAAGUGCUAUCAUGUUAAGAUGUGUUGAAUAAUUUAUUUUCUUACUGUAUUAUUUUGUGACUUAUAAUAACGCCAUAUUAGCUAUUAAUUAAAGAAAA